UUGUCCAACAGCACGAAGACGCACACCCUGUGCCGUCGCUGCAACAAGCGCUCGUUCCACCGCCAGCACAAGACCUGCGCGUCGUGCGGCUACCCGGCCGCCAAGAUCCGCUCGUACGAGUGGGGCCAGAAGGCCAAGCGGAGGAAGACGACCGGCACGGGCCGCAUGCGCCACCUUUCCGGUGUGCCGCGCCGUGCCAAGAACGGCUUCCGCACCGGUGUUGCCACGAGCAAGAAGGCCGCU